CUGUGUCCCUCAGACAUAGCGGAUCACCGAUCCACAGAAAGAGCCAAAGAUGUCGGAUCGGUCAUGUGAUCAGCUGUGUCCAAUCAGAGCUGAUCACAUAGCACUGAUGAUCAGUGUGCCCUGAUGAUCUGUGUAGCCCCAGCAGCGCCACCUAUCAGUGUCCAUCAGUGCCAGCUGUCAGUGCUCAUCCAUGCCACCUGCCAGUGCCACAUCAGUGCCACAUUUCAGUGCCCAUCAGUGCCACAUCAAUGCCACAUAUCAGUGCCCAUCUGCACUUCCUUUCAGUGUCACCCAUCAGUGCCAGUCAGUGCCACCUAUCAGUGCCAGUCAGUGCCACCCAUCAAUGCCCGUCAGUGUUGCCUAUUAGUGCCACCUAACAGUGCCAGUCAGUGCCACCUAACAGUUCCAGUCAGUGCUGCCUAUCAAUGCCAGUCAGUGCCACCUAUCAGUGCCACC